AUGGCAAAAAUGGACACGGAUAGCGGCACCAACGGUUACCGCUAUAACGUGGCGGUAGAGCACUUCAGGGCGAGAGAGUACCCUAUGCUACAGGACUCCGUGUACCUCGAUCAUGCCGGCACAACGUUAUGCUCCAAGUCAUUGAUGAACGCUUUCACAUCCUCAAUGAUGGAAACGAUAUAUGGCAACCCCCACUCUGCCUCCCCAUCAUCUCAGAACUCAACCUCCCGAAUCGAAGAUGCUCGCAUGAAUUUGUUAAACUUCUUCGGAGCGGACCCAGCAGAGUACGAUGUGGUGUUCGUUGCCAAUGCCACCGCUGGUGUGAAACUGGUAGUUGACGCCAUGAGAACUCUGCCCCAAGGCUUCUUAUAUGCCUACCACGAGGCUUGCCAUACCAGCUUAGUCGGGGCUCGAGAGGAAGCUAUCGACAGUUCGUUGAUCGAUGAUGGCAGCCUUCAAUCUUGGUUAAAGGGGAACUCUCCCUUCAUGGAUACCGCCUACGCCUCACCACCCUCGACACUCUUCUCAUACUCAGCCCAGUCUCACAUGGAUGGGAAAAGAUACCCUUUAACAUGGAGCAGAGAUCUAAGAGAGGCUCACCGAAAUUCGAAAUCUGGCCUGCUCACAUUGUUGGACGCAUCCUCGUUUGCCGCCACCUCACGUCUCGAUCUAAGUGAUCCUAAUAUUACGCCCGACUUCAUCGUCGUCAGCUUAUACAAAAUAUUCGGAUUUCCCGACCUUGGUGCUCUGCUUGUUCGGCGGUCUUCAGAAUGGGUAUUUGAUCAUCGAAAGUAUUUUGGUGGCGGUACCGUGGACAUGGUGGUGUGCGGAAAGGAGAAAUGGCAUGCACCAAAGUCGCAUUCUCUCCACGAACGAUUGGAAGACGGCACGCUUCCAUUUCAUAGUAUAAUUGCUCUCGAUAUUGCUAUGGAAGUACACGAGCGAUUGUUUGGUACCAUGGACGAAAUCAAGUCCCACACCUCGUACCUCAGCCGGCGAUUGUUAAGGGAUCUGAUCGAGUUACGCCAUGUUAAUGGCGAGCCCGUCUGCGCAGUCUAUACCAAGGACUCGUCUGGAGUCGAAUCAUUGGGAACUGGCCCUGUCGUUUCCUUUAAUCUGAGGAAUAGCCGUGGUGCCUGGGUUAGCCUGACUGAAUUCGAGAAGCUUGCGAAUCUGAAAAAGAUGCACAUUCGAACAGGCGGAUUAUGCAGCCCGGGAGGUAUUGCUUCGGCCCUUGGGUUACAACCCUGGGAGAUGAAGAGAAACUUUUCUGCAGGCUUCCGAUGCGGAGCGGACAACGAUAUCAUGUCAGGGAAGCCAACGGGCGUCAUUCGGGCAAGCUUAGGUGCGAUGAGUACCAAGGCAGAUGUAGAUCGCUUCGUCGACUUCAUCAAAGAGUUUUAUCUGGAAACCACGUUGCCGACGAUCGAACCCAUCAUCAGCACUACGAGUCCAACAGUUAUAUCCGAGCCCCCUCGGCUCCAGGUGAAAACCAUCACCAUAUACCCAAUCAAGAGUUGCGCUGGCUUUUCUAUCCCGCCCCGGGUUUCUUGGGAGAUUCGACCUGAAGGGUUGGCCUGGGAUCGCGAAUGGUGCUUGGUACACCAUGGUUCUGGCCAUGCGCUUAACCAAAAGAGAUGCCCCAGGAUGGCUCUAUUACGGCCACGCAUUGAUUUUGACAAAGGAGAACUGGUGGUAUCAUACCACGGGAAGCGGCGCGACAACCACCCGCAUCAGAUUUCUAUACCUUUGUCGGCCGAUCCCUCAGUUAUCGACUCAACACUCGACCGGCAACGAUCAAGAGUAUGCGGAGAAGAGGUAUCCGCGCAGCUCUACACCUCAGAAAGCAUCAACGGCUUCUUCUCGAGCGUUCUAGGAGUUCCGUGUGUCCUAGCACGUUUCCCUCCGGGUGGUCUCGGCCUGAAGAGUCGCCUUUCCAAGGCACAGAUACAACGAUAUCAGCAGCCCAGCAGGAUGAGGACUCUUCCAGGGGCAUUUCCAGACGUGCCGUCGCCCCCUGACUCUGACUCGGAACAGAAAAAGCCAGCAAAGAUCCUGCUCUCGAACGAGAGCCCCAUUCUCAUGAUACACAGCUCAAGUGUGGAUGAGCUGAAUAGGGAAAUUAUGGGCAGAGGUGGCAGCCCUGUAGAAGAACGAGCAUUCCGAGCUAAUAUUGUUCUGGAACAUGCUCCUGGCACCAAAGCAUAUACAGCCUUCGCCGAAGAUGACUGGGGCUCUGUACACAUUGGCCGCCAAAACUUCAAGCUCUUGGGUGCGUGUCACAGAUGCCAGAUGGUCUGCAUUGAUCAAGAGACAGGCGAGAAGAGGGAAGAGCCGUUUGUCACGUUAGCGAAGACAAGGCGUUUCGACGGCAAGGUCUACUUUGGGGUUCAUAUGCGACACGACUCUUUUGUCCAGGGCGACUGCACUACGAAGGAGACGCAGUACCCUACGAUUGAAGUUGGAGAUUCUGUGUCUGUGAAGCCGAGAGACUAG